AAAUUAGGGUUUGAUUUAAUCUUAAUAUAUAAUAUAUAUAUAUAUAUAUAUAUAUUAAAGGUUAAAAAAAUAAAUAAAAAAAUUUAGUUUUUCCCUCUUCUCCACGCUUGCAGCCGUGAGUCCCCCCUACAAUCCACAACUUUUUCUUCUCUUCCAUUCGCAAUCGUGCGCAACCCUCAGCCCCCAGAUUCGUUGCCCACACGAGAAGCUCCAAAUCUCUCGUCCCGCAUCGCUCCGACCACACCAGCCGCGGGUUUGCUUAGCUAUGACCCAGCGCUGCUCCGAGUUUCAGAUCGCGUCGUGAUCCAGCUGCAGCCUACCUGAUCUCCAGCCAUGAUCUCAGCCGCCUUACUUGCCUACUAGCACCGUCAGUGGAGUCUAGUUGCUAGAUCUGAUGUUGCGCCGCUGUCCACAGUCGUCCGUAGCUAGUGCUCAGCAUGGCCGUUCGUGUGGGUUUUCGUCGGGUCGUCCGUUCGCUGCAACAUCCGGUGUUUGGUCCGUUGCACUCAUUCACUGCCGACCAUUGGUCACUGCCACUGAGUCUUCGCUUUACAUUGCCAGAUUUUUAGAGUUCCAUGGGUUCUGGUGAGUUGAUGAGAUUUUGUUGGGUAGUUUCCGAUCUGCUAGUAUGUGGUUAGUUUAAUUGAGUUUCAAGUGUGGCCAUGGUUGGUUGGUCUAAUUUCAGUUUUCUCAUGCCGCCUUGAUCAUAUAUUUAAUGUUCUAGAAGAAUUCGAAGAAUUUUGAAGAAAUUUCCAUUGGGUCUACAAUCGGUGAGUUUUGUUGGGUUCUUGUUUAAUGGUUGAUUACCCAUUAAGCUUUGCGUUGGUUUAAGUUUGUUACUCACAAUGCUUGUGUUAGAUUGGAGCUUUGAAGGACUUUGAGGCACUGUUUAGAAGCCAUUGGGUUUUUGUAGGUUAUCUUAAGUUUAAUUAUCGGGAAUUUAGUCAUUGUCUUACUGGUGAUUUGUGUAUAGGCUGGACUACUUGGUGACGUCAAAUCUUGGAUUGAUCUUGUUUUGACCUCCAUUUGGGCAAGUGGUUUAAGGAUAGUUGAGGUAAAGUGUGUUGGAAAUUUAUUCUUUAUGGGAUGAAACUGAUUAUUGUUUAUGUUAUAGGCAUUGGAUUAAGAAGUUUGAUUAACAAAGGGACAAAAUCUUUUGGAUUUACUCUAAGGUAAGUGAUUUACUACUGGUUCACACUCGAACCCAAGUUGAUGUUAAGACUGUGAUUGCACUGAAAGCAUGAUUCUAUUUUGAUGGGUUGAAUUGCUAUGACUUGCUAUGGUUGGACUAUUGAGGGUGUUUUGGAAACUUGUGUUUAUUUUACGGGAAAUAUGAUAUUAUGUGAAUGAUUUGCUACGUUUGAAUGAUGAACUGUUGAGACUAUUCUGGAAACUCUUGAGUGAAGUAUGUUAUAAGAUUAUGAUUAUAUGCUUAUGACUAUGUUAGACUGAUGGUGACUGUUAGAAUUCCUAACAAGCUGUGUACAUCUUUGUGUAUGUUUUUGCGCCUUUAUGGGAUCGCCACCUAUAUUUAUGAUUUUUUUUUUUACUCUUCGGAGCCACUACCUAUGAAAGCGUGCCUUCGGGUUCACCCUUAUGCUUAUGCCUAUGUCAGGAUGCACACAUUUAUCGAGACUAAUCUGUAGACCUAGUGGGCCCAGUAGUGGGUCGCUUACUGAGUAUUUUUAUACUCAAUCUUUUCUCUACAUUUUUUUUUCCAGGGAGAGGUAAAGAUAGACCGGCGAAUGACAAGAGGAAUCCGUGACAGAGCCACUGGGACUUGACAUCGCUUUCACACAUGAUUUUCUCAAAGUGCUAUGUUUUGUUUUAGAGUCAAAUAUUUAAAUUAUUCGAUUGUUUUAGUCAAUUAUUUUAUUUAAUUUAUUUUGAAGUGGAUUAGGGAUACCCCAAACAGUGUUUUUAUUUUAUUUUAUUAUUUUAGAGCUUUAUUUAAUGAAAAAGUUUUAUUUCUUUUAUUGGAUUUUUCUUAUAGAAGUAUGUUUUCAAGCUUAUGCAUGCAUGUAGUGGCGUCCUUGAAGUAUAUUAGAAAGUUGGGUCAUUACAAACAGAACAUGGUGCCUUUUCCUUUUGUGAUUUUGUUCUAAUUACUAAAAACCUGGACUUGCACAUCUAAUAAAUAAAUAUUGCAAUCUCCAUCAUGACCUAGGCUUGCACAUCUGAUAAAAUAAAUAUUGCAAUCUCCACCAGUAUGCCAAUUUUCUUUUCUUUAACCUCGCCCACCGUUAUUUAGUUCACUUUUGGUGAAAAUAACAAGUGAAUCCCACAUUGCUUCAGAAACUUCAGUGACCAGAGAUAAGAAAGAGGUUGAACUGAUUGCCUGUGGUCGCCAUAACCCUUGUGUCGUCCCAAGAGGAUGAUAUCCGCUGACAUUGUGGACUUGUCAAGUGAUGAUGAAGAAGGAUCAAACUUGAAAGCCGUGAAGUUGGAGCCAGGAGUUGAUAGGGCUGUGGUUCUACCAAAAGAGCACACAAAGAAGAAUAUCAUCAAACUUGAAAAACCAAAUACUGAAUUUGCUAGUCAAGGAUUUGAUGAAAAUAGGAGCCCGAAUGUUUGGAGUGCUGGUCAGAGUAGCUCUAGUAUAUUGGAUCAGGUGCCAUCUCCAGCUGAUGAUUCUGGCCUUACAUCCCCAUCUCCCUUGUGUCCUGCACCAGUUUGUCGACAAUUCUGGAAAGCUGGCAACUAUAAUGAUGAAGUUGCUUCUAAUGUCACCGUUCAAAGUUCCAAAGGUCAUCUUCAUGUCCACCCUAUGUUCCUUCAUUCAAAUGCUACUUCACACAAAUGGGCCUUUGGAGCUGUUGCAGAGCUGCUAGAUAACGCUGUUGAUGAGAUCCCCAACGGAGCUACCUUUGUCAAUGUGGAUAAAAUCUUGAAUGCUAGAGAUGGAAGUCCUGCUUUGUUAAUUCAAGACGAUGGAGGUGGAAUGGAUCCUGAAGCAAUGAGGAGGUGUAUGAGCUUUGGAUUUUCAGAUAAAUCGUCAAAAUCAGCCAUUGGACAAUAUGGAAAUGGUUUCAAGACCAGCACGAUGAGACUUGGUGCAGAUGUUAUUGUCUUCAGUCGACACGUGAAUAAUAGGUCCAGGGUAUCAACGCAGAGUAUUGGUCUUCUAUCCUAUACGUUUUUGACCCGUUCAGGCUACAACAGAAUUGUAGUGCCUAUGGUAGAUUAUAAAUAUAACACAUCAAGUGGCAAAAUGGAAAUAUUGCAUGGGAGGGAACGGUUUAUGUCUAACCUUUCCACACUUAUACAGUGGUCUCCGUACUCAUCGGAGUCUGAACUUCUUAAGCAAUUUGAUGAUAUUGGAUCUCAUGGCACAAAAGUAAUCAUCUAUAAUUUCUGGUAUAAUGGAGACGGCAGAAUGGAGCUUGACUUCGAUAAAGAUCCGGAGGACAUUUGCAUUGACGGAGAUGUAAAAAAAAUUGUCGCUCUCCCUGCAUCAAAGGCAAUCAACGAGCAGCACAUUGCUAAUCGAUUGCAAUAUUCUCUCCGUGAAUAUUUAUCAAUCUUGUAUUUGCGGAUGUCUGAAAAUUUCAAAAUAGUAUUGCGUGGGACGGUUGUUCUGCAUCGUAAUCUUGCCGAUGAUCUCAAAUAUCUUGAAUACAUUUUGUAUAAGCCUCAAAUUGGUGGACAUGUGGAGGGUGUGGUUGUUACUACAAUUGGGUUCCUGAAGGAGGCCCCAGAUGUCAAUAUACACGGUUUUAAUGUUUACCACAAAAAUCGUUUGAUUCUGCCAUUUUGGAGGGUUGUGAGCUAUUCAGACAGUAGAGGAAGAGGUGUUGUCGGUGUUCUCGAAGCAAAUUUUAUUGAGCCUACACAUAAUAAACAAGACUUUGAGAGAACUUCUAUUUUCCAGAAGCUUGAAGCUCGUUUGAAAGAUAUGACUUGGGAAUACUGGGAUUACCAUUGUGGACUCGUUGGGUAUCAAGUUAAGAAACAACUCCGUGUGACAGCAGCCUCCAAAACACCAUCCAACAUCACAGUAUCUGCUGGUACGGAACAUCCUCACAUGUUGAAACAAUGCUUUCCAGCUACGGUCACAGAGGCUAAAGAAACAGCACAUGGGAGACCUGAACAAUUUACACUGGAAAUACCGGGAAAAUCUAGAGAAGGAGUAUGUAUGAAGAGAGAAAGGCAGAUGUUUUGAUAGAGAUGGACAGGCUGCCCGUGCUUAUCAACAGAACAAUCAACAGGCCAUUGUUUUGUUGGAAGAAAAUACGAAGCUUCAUGCAAAAUGUUCAGAGUAUGAAAAGCGGGAGGAAGAACUUAAUCUCAAGGCAACGCGGCUUAGGAACGACAUACAGGAAGUCCAACUCAAGAUCCUGAGGUUGUUGGAUGAGUUAAAAUCUUUAGAAGCAGUUAAGGUUGAAGGCAUUUUAUAAAUUGUAUAUUCAUUUUGUUCUUUCUCAAUCUUUUAGCCCACCCUGUAGCUUAAAACCAGAAAAAUGGAUAUCAGUUUCGGUACGAGUUCGACACGGUCAGCAGUAUGACGACCCUUUGAUUUUUGCCCUCAAAACAUUGAUAAUAGUUGCCUGGGAUUCGGAUUUUCAGCUCUCGUGUGUUGGUUUCCUUGGCGGGAAAAUUUACCAAUUGUACAGAAAUGAAACCCACCUUGUAACUUACCCAAAAUGUCUAAAUUCAUGUUAGUUAUCAGUGUUAUUCGUAUAUAAAUUGUGCAUUUUUUUAAAUUCA